AUGCCGCGCGUCAAAGGAAAGCAGAUCCCAGACGUCUUCGCCACGCGCGACGAGAACGUCCAUCGGAUGAUGAAGAAGCCCAACUCAGCCAUCUACUCCAUGUCGAAUCUGGUGUCGUUCGAGCCGUACGUCAACUCGACGAUGGAGUACUACUUCAGCCGACUGGACGAGCUCUUCGUCGACAAGGAUCGACCCUUCGAUUUCGGACUGUGGCUGCACCUGUUCGCGUUCGACGUCAUGGGCGAGAUCACCUUUUCGCGCCGACUCGGGUUCUUGGAAAAGGGUGGCGACGUCGGCGGUGUCAUGGAGAAUAAUUGGAAAUACUUUGUCCAGGCUGCUCCUGCUACCCAGAUGCCAUGGCUUGACUUCCUCUGGAAACGAAACCCCUUGCUUCCAGCUAGCGUCAAGCCCAACCCGUUGGUCGAAUUCGGCGUCGCCCGCAUUCAGGAACGGUUGCAGAUGACCGAGCAGGAGCGAGAAAAGAUUAACUCGCGGGACUUUUUGUCCCGGUUUAUCGAGGCCAAGGAGAAGGAUCCGCAGCUUGGGCCAGACACACUCCCAACCUGGACCAACUCCAACAUCCAAGCCGGGAGCGAUACCAUCGCCAUCUUCCUAGGAGUGGUCUUCUAUCAUCUCCUCAAGAACCCGUCGACACUGCAGCGUCUGCUCUCAGAAAUCGACUCAGCCGCCAAGGAAGGACUGAUCUCGAAGACAGUGACGUGGAAAGAAUCCCGCAACUUGGUCUACCUAGACGCAUGCAUCAAGGAAGCAGCCCGGAUCCAUCCCCCGAUCAGUUUCCCUCUCGAACGGAUCGUCCCGGAGCCUGGAUUGACGCUGGACGGCGGUCGAUACUACCUGCCUGGUGGCACGCGCGUCUUGAUGAAUCCCUGGUCUGUGCAUCGCGAUGAGCAGAUGUUUGACAAGGAUCCUGAUGUCUGGCGGCCGGAGAGAUGGUUGUGCGAUGAACAGCAGAAGAAGGCCAUGUAUAACGGUCUUUUGACGUUCGGCGCGGGCCACCGAUCCUGUCUAGGGAAGAACAUCUCGUACCUUGAAAUUUACAAGUUGAUUCCGACCCUGCUGCAGAGAUAUGAGAUCGAACUAGCCGACCCCAACGCUGAAUGGCAUGUAGAGACCAUGUGGUUCACCAUGCCGACGAAAUUCUACGCCAAACUAAGAAGAAGAAAGCAGCAGUCAUAA